UGCACUAGUCUCAAGCUGCAGGUCAGCUGCCUGGAAAUAAAAGGAAAUCCAUAAUCCCUUUUUUUCUUUUCAUCACAAUUUUUACUUUUAAAAUGUCAAGACACACUGAAAUCAGUAGUUUAGAAACAAAUUCCAGCAAAGCGACAGCAUUUAUUCAUGCACUGACCCGAAAGAAGCCUCUGCAGCCUGAAGAUGAAGAGUCCAACUUCUGCAGGUGCCUAACCACCCUGGACCUGGUGGGUCUUGGUGUCGGUAGCACACUUGGAGCUGGGGUUUAUGUGCUCUCGGGCGAGGUUGCAAGGGAAGUGGCAGGCCCCAGCAUAGUCUUUUCCUUCUUUGUGGCAGCUGUGGCUUCAGUUUUUGCAGGAAUGUUCUAUGCUGAAUUUGGAGCCCGGGUACCCAAGACAGGCUCUGCCUACCUUUACACCUAUGUGACAGUAGGAGAAGUGUUGGCAUUUGUAACUGGAUGGAACUUGCUGCUGUCUUAUGUCAUUGGUGCAUCAAGCGUAGCGAAAGCUUGGACGGGAACCUUUGAUGACCUGAUGGAUAAUGUCAUUGCCAAAACUCUGGAAGAAUAUGCAAUGAUGGACUCCCCUGGCUUGACUGCAUACCCAGACUUCUUUGCUGCUGCCCUGAUUAUGUUGCUUGCUGGUAUACUUGCAUAUGGGGACAUCAACAACUGGAACAUCAGUGAGAGCUUCAUUCACAAUAUAACCCAGGAAAUGGAAAACAUUACAGCAGCCCAAAAUCAAACCGUCAACUUUGGUCUUGGUGGGUUUUUCCCUUUCGGCUUUGAUGGGACUUUGGCUGGAGCAGCGACCUGCUUCUAUGCUUUUGUUGGAUUUGACUGCAUUUCCACAACAGGUGAAGAGGUCAAGAAUCCACAAAAAUCUUUACCUAAUGGGAUUGUGAUAUCCUUGUUCAUCUGCUUCUUGGCUUAUUUUGGCAUCUCAGCCUCUCUGACACUUAUGAUGCCCUACUACUUGCUUGAUGUACAUAGUCCACUACCAGUGGCCUUUGAGUACAUUGGCUGGGAGCCUGCAAAGUAUGCAGUGGCUGUAGGAUCACUCUGUGCUCUCUCAACAAGUCUUCUUGGGGUGAUGUUUCCAAUGCCACGGGUGAUAUUUGCCAUGGCUAGAGAUGGCUUGCUCUUCAAACCCCUGUGCUAUAUGAGUUCCAGGCAAAGCCCAGUCUUGGCCACACUGUCUGCAGGAGCUGUAGCUGGUAAGACAUCUGUUUUUGUACCCAUAGUUUUCCAACAACGCUCCAUUGGUUGUAUUGGAUAAGUAAACACACUUGUAGAAAACCAAAUCAAAGAGUAAGACAUUAAUUGAUUUCUAAGAACUCCCAAGGAACCAUAGGGUUUCCAACUGUAUAAUUAACUUCUCUUAAAACUGUAGAUACUUUGGCAUGGUUAAAUGGUUUAAGUUCAACAUAGUGAACUGUGAUUUCUUGAUUAUUAGUCUUAUUUAGCAUAGUGGGGAAAUGAUCUGUGUCCAUAAAGUUCUUGCAGACAUUUAUUCGAUUACUUUAAAACGUUGGUUGCAUAGCUUAGAGUUUGAAAUAUUUACAUCCUCUAAACAAAAAAUUAUGAUGGCUUAAAACGAUGUUAUUUCAUCAGUGAAAUAAUAUAGUGAUGCAUUUCAAUAAUCCAGUUGGAAGAAGACAAAAGAAAAUGAAUAGUUACUAGUUAAUUGGUUGCUCAUUAUGCAAAACAGGACCAUCAGGAUACCAACAUAUCGGAACACUAAUCUAUUGAUAGCCCAGUUGUCCUCUUUUGUAUAUUUACAACCAGUUUUGAUUGUCACGCCUGAAAUCGCUGAUCCACUUGCAAAGACACGCUUCUAAGUUUAAAGUUCACCUACAGCUCUUUAGACUGAAGAAGUCUCUAGGAGAAUAGACAAAGUUUAAAUAAAAGAGAUGUUCAGAGGACCUAUCUAAUUAAUUUUUCCUUUUCUGUGUAUCAGUUAAAUCAUUUUAUAUUUACAUAAAGGAUUGGGUAAAUAAUCGGGUUUAAAUUGGAGGGAACUGGACA